AUGCUGAACAAUUUCAAAUGACUUUUAAUGACCAUAAUGAUUUUGAAAUGCAAACUUUUGAUUACCUUUGUGAAGAAAUAUAUGACUUGUAUCAAGAAAUACCAGUGGAAAGUAACGAACUUGAAUCUACUGCUGCAACAACAUGUGAAGAAGAAACAAUUGUUGAUGACCUCCAGCCAAGACAACAUUUUGAAAACAUUCCUAAAGUAGAGUAUAUCUGUGGAAAACCAGACCCAUUAAUUCCUAAAGUAUUUAAUAAUGAACAAUUAAUGCAAGAAAAUUCAUUAUUAAUUCAUCUACUGCAACAACUACUCCAAAUAAAUAAACUUGAAUACUCUAGUACGAAAAACA